UUAUUUAAAUCUGAAAACAAAAAAAAAACUAAUCAAAUGCAAAAACAAUAUUAGAAAAUUUUUGAAUCAUUUUUGGGCAAUAACAAUGAGUAUUUUCUCAGUAAUUGUCCUAUAGUUAAACCAAAACAACCUCCUAAAUCUAAAGAACUUACCGAUUAUGAAAAAAGAUUAUAAAAUUAGACUCUAGAUUCAUAUAAUCCAAAUAAGAAAAAAUAGCUUGAUGAAAAAUAUAAGAAAUAUCUGCAAAAAAAUAAAAUUUAUGAAAAAGAUAAUGCUAAUUUUAUUAAAGAAAUGAACUCAUUCUUGAAUUAAUUGUUUGAAGUAAUAUUUUAAAAUGAAUAAAACUUUUUUGCCUUCGAAGAAAUAUAAUAUUAACUUGAAAUGAUUUAAAAAAAUGUUUGUUUUUUAAUUGGUUCAAAAAUAUCUUGGAAUUAUGAAAAUUUAUUUAGAGAGAUGAAUUGCAAUAUCAGAGCUAAAGAAUAUAAAUUAGAUGAUUAUAGGAUAUAAGAAAGUCCUUUUAAAGAAAGGGAAUUAUAAUUAAGAAUAGUAAAGCCUUUGAGCCAAAGAAAUGGAGAGCGCUAGAAUAAUACACUUGGCGAUUUUAUAUUGCUCCAAAUUAUAGAUAUAUAAAGUGAUUCUAAUCCUAAUAAUUUAUAUAGUGAAAGAAUAGAAUAACAUGAGGAAUAGGAAUAAAAUAAUCCUAUUGAUUCAUUUUCUUUAAAAUAAGAAGACUUUGCAAAUUUGGAUGGAGAUAAUAAAUAACUUAAAAAUGAAUAUAAAAAAAUACCUAUCUCAUCUAUAUUACCUGCAUCUAAAGCAAUUAUUAAAAAUAAAAGUGAAAGCUAUCGAACUUAUCAUAAAGAAGAAGAUGCUGAUUCAAAUAUUAUUCCUUAAAUAUAAACUAUAAAUUAGGGUCAUUAAUAAAAUAGAUAGAUUAUAAAUAAUGCUGCUGAUAAAUAUUAUUCGUCUCAUAACUUUUCAAACCAAGAAUCAUGUUCUAAUUAUGAUAGUAGCAAUAGAUAUUAAAGCUCUACUAAAAAUGCUUUCAAUACAAAAUAAGAAUCAGAUGAGGAUGAUAAUGUUUAUAAGUCUUUUAAUAAAGAAGAUUUAGUUGAAAUGUUAAAAGAGAGAGAUGCUUUAGACAAGUUUAAAUGGAUAUAAGAAGGGAUUGAAAAGGUAUAAAAUUUUAAGAAAGAUUUAAGUAAUUAAAAUCAUUUGAUUUAAAAUAGUAGAUUUCCUUCUAAUCAAUAAAAAUGA